CCCCAUCCUCUCCUCGUGUGCGCGCGCUUUAAAUAAUUUCCUGCUUUUUGGCAAAACAAAUAAUGCACCUGACUUUACCAGGGGGAAACAAGCAGCCGAGCAGAACAAGGAACAGAUGUAAAAAGAAUAAAAGGAGAGAGAAAAAGAGAUGAGACUCGCUUAAAGAAAUCCAGGGGCUGAAGAGGUGGCUGCAGCGGCAGAGGCAGCCGGAGCUUCCUUGCUGCGCGAGCUGCGGGCGGAGGACGUUGUCACCAGUUGCAGAUGUAACCUCGGGAACUCCUGGGUCUGUCGAUUUGUUUGCCAAACAAAGUCUUUUCUUCUUUGGCUCAGACGCUGAAGAGGCUCCUGGAUUUUUCUGCGAUCCCAACGCAAGCUGGCAGUUACCCGGGAGCCUUCCCAAGGAGCGGGCGGAGAUACGAGCCCUUCUGGGCGGAAGAUGGGCGAAGGGCGUCAGCAGCCGGGGCCUCCCGUCGGGAAGAGCCUGCUGCUCCCCGGGAGGAGAGGGUCACCCCCCGGGCGGCUGGGCAGCCGGGGCGGCGGUGGCGCGGGGGCGCAGCGCUCCCUGCUCGGGCUCUUCGUGCACGUGUGGCUGUGGGCGGCCUCGGGCUCGUCCGCCCAGUUGUUCAACCUCAGCCUUUCCGUGGACGAGGGGCUUCCCCCGGACACGCUGGUGGGUGACAUCCGCGCCGGGCUGCCGGCCGCGCAGCAGCAGGAGGGGAGCGGUUUCUUUUUGUCCGAGGACUCGGAUGACUCCCCGCUGCUGGACGACUUCCAUGUGCACCCGGACACCGGUAUCAUCCGCACCGCGCGGCGCCUGGACCGCGAGCGGCGGGACCACUACAGCUUCGUGGCCGCCACGCUGCUGGGCGCCGUCGUGCAGGUGGAGAUCCGCGUCAACGACGUGAACGACCACUCGCCGCGCUUUCCCCAGGACUCCCUGCAACUCGACGUCUCCGAGCUCACCCCGCCGGGCACCGCAUUCCGCCUGCCGGGUGCGCACGACCCCGACGCGGGGCUGUUCAGCACACAGGGGUACACCCUGGUGCAACCGUCCAACCUGCUCCAGGACCCCGAAGGGCCGUUCUUCCAGUUGCGCUAUGGGACUCCGGGGCUGCCACCGUCGCCGCUUUUGCCCGGCUCCUCGUCGCCCCUAGACCCCCUCGACCUGGUGCUGCUGCGGCGCUUGGACCGAGAGGCGGCGGCGGCUCACGAGCUGCAGAUCGAGGCGUGGGACGGCGGCCGCCCGAGGCGCACGGGCCGCCUGCGCGUGGAGCUGCGCGUGCUGGACGAGAACGACAACCCGCCGGUCUUUGAGCAGGGCGAGUACCGCGCAGCAGUGCGCGAGAACGCCCCGCCCGGCUCCGAGGUCUGUCGCGUGCUGGCCACCGACCGCGACCUGGGGCCCAAUGGCCACGUGCGCUACGCAGUCCGCGCCCGGCAAGUGCCAGGGGCGGGCGGCGGGGGCGGGGGCGGGCCGCUGGGCGACGCGGCCUACUUCGCGGUGGAGGAGCUGAGCGGGGUGGUGCGCGUGCUGAGACCCCUGGACCGCGAGGCGCAGGCCUGGCACCAGCUCGUGGUCGAGGCCCGCGACGGAGGCGCCGAGCCCGAGGUCGCUACCGUGCGCGUGUCCAUCGCCGUGCUGGACGUGAAUGACAACCCGCCCGCCAUCCACCUCCUCUUCCUCACCGAGGGAGGCGCCGCCAGUGUCUCCGAGGGCGCGCAGCCGGGCGACUACGUGGCUCGCGUCUCGGUGUCUGACGCAGACGGCGAACCCGAGACGGAAGAGGGGGCCACCGAGCAGUUUGGUGUGGGCCUCGGAGGCGGAAGCAUCUCGCUGUCUUUGGAAGGCGGCGAGGGAGCCUUCGCACUGCGGCCCGGCGGCCCCCCGGGGGUAUUUUUCCUUUGCGUGGAGGGGCCCCUGGACAGGGAGAGCCGCGAUCUGUAUGAAUUGCGUCUGGUGGCCACCGAUGCAGGGUCCCCGCCUCUAACCACGGAGGAGACGCUGCUGCUCCGGGUGGCCGAUCUCAACGAUCAGCCUCCUCUCUUCAGCCGGGAGCAUUACCGGGCCUCGGUGUCGGAGGCCGCCGCCCCUGGCACCGCAGUCCUGUGGGUCAGCGCCACUGAUGCCGACGAGGUUGGCACUGAUCACGCCACCCUCCGCUACGCGCUAGUCCAUCUCUCGGCUCCCUGCAACCCGGACGCCUUGCCCACGGCCGAGUGUGGACCGUCUUUCACCAUUGAUCCCCAAAGCGCUGUGAUCAGCACCAUCCGGACGCUAGACCGAGAGGUCCAGGAGGCGGUGGAGCUGCGAGUGGUGGCCCAGGACCUCGGAGAGCCUCCACUCUCUGCCACCUGCCUGGUGAGCAUCACUGUGGAUGACGUGAAUGACAACGAGCCCAUCUUCCAGAGGCAGGUGUACAACGCCACCCUUGCCGAGCAUGCCCCAGUUGGACACUGCUUUCUGCAGGUUAAAGCCUCUGAUGCAGAUGCAGGGCUCUAUGGCUUUGUUGAGUAUUCGAUCUAUGAUGGAUUCCAAAGUUAUGAAGCACCUCAAGCAUUCUGGAUCGACCCUCAUGAUGGACAAAUCUGUGUUUCUAAAGAUAUCGACAGGGAAAGGGAUCCAGCCAUCUAUGAUCUCCUGGUGAAAGCUAAGGAUGGGGGUGGGCUAAGUGCCCAAGCCUUUGUUCGUGUGGAACUGGAGGACGUGAAUGACAAUCACCCCAUAUUUAACCCGUCAACCUAUGUGACGAGCAUCAGUGCUCAGACCCAGCCAGGCACCGAGAUCAUCAAUGUUCUUGCCACCGACCGGGAUUCCGGGGUAUAUGGAACAGUGGCUUAUGAACUUGUUCCGGGAGACCUGUCGUCCCUUUUUACCAUUGACUCCACUACAGGAAUUAUUUACCUAACAUCAACUCUUAGUCACUUGGAGUCCACUACACUUGUGUUGAUGGUCUGUGCGCGAGAUGGUGGUGGGCUCACAGCUGUCGUUAAUGCCGAUGUCACUAUACACAUUCUCCAGACGAUUCUGGCGCCUGCUGAAUUUGAAAGGCCUAAGUAUACUUUCUCCAUUUAUGAAGAUGUGCCUGAAGACAGUAUUGUUGGGACAGUGAAAGCAAGCGAGCCCUUGAACUCCUCAGAACCAAUCUUUUACAGAAUUUCUUCUGGCAAUCUGGACGGAAAGUUCUCGAUUCACCCGUGGCUGGGCACGAUUCGCACCCAGAAGCCUCUGGAUCACGAAACGCAGCCCGUGGCUGUGCUCACGGUGCAGGCGCAGCUCGGCAGCUCGGCGGCCUGCAGCAGCACGGAGGUCAACAUCACGGUCAUCGACGUCAAUGACAACCACCCCGUGUUCCUCACGGCCUCCGAAGAGAUCAGGAUACCGCACGCCACUCCGCCUGGCACAGCCUUGUACCUCGCGCGUGCGGAGGACAGAGACAGUGGGCGGAACGGGUUCAUCCGAUAUGCCAUCGCCAGCCAGCAUCCCAGCGUCUUCACCAUCGACCGGGGUCUGGGUGUGCUGUACCUCAAUGCCAGCCUGGCAGGCGACGCGCCGCAGAAGCACGUGCUGACGCUCGUGGCCGAGGACCUGGGCGUUCCUCCUCGGGCAUCCCUGCUGGCCCUGACAGUAGUUGUCGAAAAACAAGAACAAAGCCCAUCCUUGACUUUUGGACACCUAGUCUAUCAAGUGGAAGCGAGCGAGUCGCUCGCACCGACGACACAAAUCCUGCAGACGCAGGCCCGCGCGCUUGGCCCACGGCGCGCCACCGCGCGGCCAAUGUACUGGCUGGAACCCGGCGUGCACGCCGCCGUGUUCGGAAUCCGCCCUGACACGGGCUGGAUUUAUCUGCGGCGACAGCUCGACUACGAAUCCACACAAACACACAAUUUUAGAGUGUUUGCCCGGAUCCCGGAGGACAGAUUGCUGCAAAAUGUGAGCACUUCAGUCAUUGUUCAUGUCCUGGAUGAGAAUGACAAUUCCCCUACCUUCUUGCAUGAUGUGUUGUUUUUGAAAGUUGAAGAGAGCCCCGUUCCCCAAGGGGUAAUAGGCAGAAUUACAGCUAUUGACGCAGACUCUGGGAAGAAUGGACAGCUAUUAUAUUUCCUUUUGUCUGAUGGAAAAUUCUUCAAGAUGAAUCCUAAUACAGGCGAGCUGAUCAGUUGGGUGGCAUUGGAUCACGAGCAUCAGGUGCACCAUGAGAUGACUGUGCUAGUGACAGACUGUGGCUCCCCACCGCGAAAUGCCACCAUGGCGGUUUAUGUCUCAGUUACUGACAUCAAUGAUAACAGGCCGUUCUUCCCACAGUAUAUCCAUGGAAAGGAAUUGCGUGUCAAGGUUCUGGAAGGUCAACCAGUAAAUAUGUUGGUUACAACUGUGUUUGCAAAGGAUCUUGAUGAAGGAAACAAUGCAGAAAUUAUAUAUUCAGUAUCUUCAGAAGAUGGCUCUGAUCACUUUAAGGUUGAUGCCAACAGUGGGGAAAUAAGAACAACCACAAUACUUUCAUAUGAUUAUAGACCUUCUUAUAGAAUGACUGUCAUUGCCAGUGACCAGGGAGUGCCUCCUCUUCAAGGCCAGGCAGUUAUUAAUAUUCAGGUGAUCCCACUAUCCAAAGGGACAGCCAUCAUUUCUCAGAAUAUUAGACACUUAGUUAUACCAGAAAACUUGAAGCCUGCAAAAAUAAUGAGCUUGAUAAAGUCGCCUGAUCACCGUCAACAGCAUUAUAACCGGAAGUUACAUUUUAGUAUUGUUGCAGAUGAUAAGGAUGGUCACUUUGAAAUCGACAGCUUGACAGGAGACUUGUUUCUUUCUAAGGAACUUGAUUAUGAAACAACCUCUCAUUAUCUUUUCAGGGUGAUUACUGCAGACCAUAGCAAAAGUCCUCCCCUGAAUAGCACAGUCUUCCUUAGUAUUGAUGUGGAAGAUCAGAAUGACCACUCCCCAUCUUUCCAGGACGAGUUGAUUGUGAUAAGCAUAGAAGAGAAUGUUCCCAUAGGAACUCUGGUAUACGUCUUCAAUGCCAAAGACGGCGACGGCAGCUUUUUGAACAGUAGAAUGCAAUACUUUGUUGAAUCCCACCACCCGGGAGGAAUGAAUCCAUUUCUCAUCCACCCCUCCUUUGGUACAUUAGUCACUGCAUCCCCCCUUGACAGAGAAAGCGUCCCAGCCGUCAUCCUGACCGUAACUGCGUCUGACCAGGCCGUGAAUGUGACAGACCGGCGACUGAGAUCGCUGAUGGCAAAAGUAGUGAUUUUGGAUGUGAACGACCACAGCCCCACUUUCACGUCUUUCCCCAUCGCCCGUGUCAAAGAGGAUGUCAUGGUGGGCUCCUUGGUGCACCAUAUAACGGCUCAAGAUCCAGACGAAGGGAGGAAUGGAAAAGUAACAUACAGCAUCCUCUCUGGGAAUGAAAACAUGGCCUUUACGCUAGACGAGUCAUCAGGCUUGCUAACUACAACUUGUCCUUUGGAUUAUGAAAUAAAAACUCAGCAUGUUCUGACUCUUCUAGCGCUGGAUGGUGGCGUACCAGCCCUUUCUUCAUCCCAGACUCUGAUGGUUACCGUGCUCGAUGUCAAUGACGAGGUGCCGGUGUUUAAGCAGCACCUGUACAAAGCUUCAGUUAAAGAAAACCGAAAUCCAGGGGAGUUUGUCACAAGGGUUGAAGCUGUGGACAGAGAUUCGGGAAUCAAUUCCAAGCUUCAGUUUGAAAUCAUGCCAGGUGCUUCAUUUGAGUUAUUCAAGAUAAAUUCCGACACUGGAGAGGUAGUGACGGCCACCAUGCUUGAUAGAGAAGUUCAAGAAAUCUUCACCCUUAGAGUACUUGUUCGAGAUGGGGGCGUCCCUUCGCUCUCCAGCACCGCAACAGUUCUCUGCACUGUCGAAGAUGAAAAUGAUCAUGCACCAGAGUUUAUUGUCCCCAGUCAUGACCUUGAGAUUCUGGAAAACCAAGAGCCACAGGUUGUCUAUACUGUUUUGGCCUCAGAUAUGGAUGCUGGCAAUAACAAAGCCGUUAAAUAUUAUAUCAUCGAUGGAAAUACUGAUGAGUACUUUGCUAUAAAUGAAACAUCAGGAGAACUGUCAACCACUCGUGCUUUGGACCGGGAGCAAGCCAACAACUUUACCCUUGUCAUCCUGUGCUCUGAUCUUGGGGACCCACCGAGGAGCUCUGUGAUCCAUCUGCAAGUUAGGGUUUUGGAUGACAAUGACCACAGCCCCUCCUUCCCUACACUUUACUACCAGUCCUCUGUGCGAGAAGAUGCUGAAGUGGGAACAGUGGUUCUUACGCUCUCGGCCGUGGACCAGGAUGAGGGCCCGAAUGGGCAAAUCGAGUAUUUUCUGACGGGCGAGGAUUCCGGUGCAUUCUCCAUUGACCCUGUGGCAGGCACGGUGAGAACCGGCCACACCCUGGACCGAGAAGCCAGAUCGCAGCACACGUUCAGGGCUGUGGCCAGAGACUGUAGCGUCCAGGGGUCAAGAAGCACCACAGUAAUUAUAAAAGUACACGUCACUGAUGUUAACGACAAUAAUCCAGUUUGGGAACAGAACCCUUUUGAUGUCUUUCUUUCCCCCCAGUCUCCUGUAAACCAGACGGCUGCCAUUCUGAGAGCAGAUGACCCAGACUUGGGGCCCAACGGAUCUGUCGUUUUCAGUUUUGCAGAGCCCCAAUCACUGUUUUCUAUUGACAAAUGUACAGGAGAAAUUCAACUUCAGCAAAAUCCACCUUCAGAACAUUUUCCUAUGUGGGUACAGUUAAAAGUUACAGACCAAGGGGUCCCAGCCAGAACAACCGCCGGUCUCUUGGUCAUUCACAUACAAGGAGAAGAUGUAAAGAUUUCCUUCAGCCACCAUCUCUAUAAAGGGCUUGUGGCCGAAAAUUGCGAGGCAGGUACAUCUAUUGCGACCAUAAAAGCUCUUGCUCCUGACUCAAUUCAGGACAGCAUUCAAUAUUCAAUAUUUAGUGGAAAUGAAGAUGGUGCUUUUUCCCUGUGCUCCAACUCAGGACAGCUCACUGUGAAAGAACCCAAGUUUCUUGAUUUUGAAGUCAGAAACGAGGUGCAACUCAUCGUUUUAGCUGAAAGUGGCAGGCAUAGAGCCUACAGCAAAGUGGCUGUCUUGAUCCAGGAUGUGAAUGAUAAUCUACCGCGCUUUGAGCGACGUGUUUACCAAGCACGCGUGUCUGAGGGCCAGCUCUACAAUGCUCACGUCGUGCAGGUGUUUGCUACUGACCUGGACAGUGGUGUGAACGGCCUAAUUGAGUAUUCCAUUCUUUCUGGCAAUCAAGAUGAGGCAUUCCAGAUUGACGCGCUCAGCGGUGUGAUAACAACAAAUGCGAUUCUAGACUAUGAGUUCACCAGCUCCUACAGCUUGAUUGUGCAAGCCACAGAUAAAGGGAUGCCCAGGCUUUCGGAUACAGCCAUGAUUGAGAUACAGGUGACUGAUAUAAAUGACAAUGCCCCAGCUUUUCUCCCCUCUGAAGCAGUGGAAAUUGCAGAAAAUUUUUUGCCUGGUGUCCCUGUGACUCGCGUGUCAGUUCAGGAUGCAGAUUUGAAUCCAGCUUUCAUCUUCAGUUUCGCCAAAGACGGUAAUCCCGGAGCCAAGUUCGCUAUUGAUCGGAGCACUGGAGUGGUGGUGUUGGUGGAAACACUGGAUUUUGAAAAAGUCACGGAAUAUGAGCUGCUCAUCCAAAUUUCUGAUUCCGUGCACCACGCAGAGGGAGCACUCCUAGUGCGUGUGCUGGAUGUCAAUGAUAACCCGCCAGUGUUUGCUCGAGAUUUCUACCAGGUCACAGUUCCUGAAUCGGCACCUGUGGGGUAUUCGGUGCUGACUGUGUCAGCCACAGACCUAGAAAGCACUGAGAACAUUUCUUACAGAAUCCUGUCCUCUUCUGAGGCGUUCUUCAUUGAUCCUGUGAAUGGUACAAUAUUUACUAUCAAUCCCAUAUUACUUCUGGAUAAAAUAUCAACAGUUCAAUUUCUUGUGGAAGCCAGCGACGGCGGACUUCCUGACCUGAAGGCCCUUACCUUAGUGGAGAUAGAAAUACAAGACAUGAACAACCACGCCCCUGAGUUCACAGUAGAAUACUACAAUCUCAGCUUGAGUGAAGAUACCCCGAUUGGAAGCACACUUCUCACCUUUUCAACCACUGACCAUGACUGGACCCGUGAAAACACCUAUGUUGACUAUUCCAUCGUCAAUGGUGAUUCCCAGAACAAUUUCCAUGUAGAAACUAGCUCCAUUUAUUCAGCACAUCCUUAUGAGCAAGUUGGUCAUCUCGUCCUGCUUCGCGGUCUGGACAGAGAAGCAACGUCCAGCCAUAAACUUGUCAUUCUGGCAUCUGACCGCGGCUGCCCUCCCUUGAGUGCCACAGCGGUCAUAUCCAUAGAGGUGCUUGAUGUCAACGAUAACCCACCUCACUUCAGCAGUCCGGACUAUCACGUGCACGUCAAGGAAAGCACCCCUCUCGGGAGUCACAUCACCGUGGUCUCCGCAGAUGACCGUGAUGUGGGCUCACAUGCAGAAAUCAUCUACCACAUAAUCUCAGGGGACGAGAAGGGACAUUUUUACUUAGAAGAAAACACUGGAGUCCUUUAUCUGAGUAAACCUCUGGAUUAUGAAGAAAUGAUAAAAUUCACUUUAACUGUCCAAGCUUCGGAUGAAGAAAAGAAACACUUUUCUUUUGCAGUUGUGUUUGUGAAUGUCCUAGAUGAUAACGACCAUGCGCCUCAGUUUAUGUUCUCAAGCUUCAGCUGUGUCAUUCCAGAAAAUCUGCCUGUGCUCUCCACCAUAUGUUCUGUAAAUGCUUUGGAUUUUGAUGCAGGGCCUUACGGAGAAUUGACCUAUUCGAUUCUGUCGCCCUGUUUUAUCCCUCAUGGAAUGUCUUACGAUCAUGAUCUCUUCCUCAUUGACCCUUUGACAGGGGAUAUUCGUGCCAAGCAAAUCCUUGACUAUGAAAAUGGUAAUAAAUAUUGCCUCACAGUUCAGGCCAAAGACAAAGGUGACUCAACAGCCUCCUUAAUGGUUUGGGUGGAUAUUGAAGGGAUAGAUGAAUUUGAACCCAUUUUCACUCAAGAACAGUAUUUUUUCACCCUCCCCGAAAAGAAUAAAGCAGGACAGUUGAUUGGCAGAGUAGAAGCCUCAGAUGCAGAUGCUGGUCUCGAUGGAAUCAUUCUUUACUCCCUUGGAUCUUCAUCUCCUUUCUUUUCAGUAAAUAAAACUAAUGGAAAUAUUUAUUUGAUUAGAGCCCUUCCCCUAAUAAAAAAUCAAGUCAGCAAAGAAGACACCAUGGAAAUGAAAAUACUUGCUCAUAGCCCUAAACCGGACUCCAAGUUUGCAUCUUGCAUGGUUUUUCUGAAUGUGUCUUUCUCCUCAGAAGGAAUGCACGCCGCUGUGUCCACCAGCUUUUCGUUCAGCCUCACCGUCUCCUUUUUAGUGUUUCUCUUACUUGUCUGCAUUCUCAUUGUGCUGAUUUUAAGACAUAAACAAAAGGACACAAUGAACAAUUAUGAGAAGGAAACCUCAUCAUCUUUAGAUAGCAACUUGAGAGUGACCAGCGAUGCCAGCGUGCUCAAGGCCUUCCAGAAAACUAAUGACUGCAAUAAGGAGACAGUGUUUGUGGCCCCCACAUCCGAAUGGUUGAGUUUAAUAAGCAUCAUGGAGAAGGACAUUGCCAAUCUGUACAGGCACUCCAACUCCAGCGGCCACUGUUCUGUCGAAGGAGAAACUGCAGAAGAUCAGGAAAUCCAGAGGAUAAAUGAGCAUCCUUACAGGAAGGGCUCGGACUCAGCGCUGAGCGACCGGGAGUCCAGGGUUCCAGACUCGGGAAUCCCCAGGGACUCGGACCAGCUCUCCUGCCUGUCUGGGGAAACUGAUGUGAUGGUCACGGCCGAGACAGCAGAAGCCAACCAAGCAUUUGAGGAAGGAGAUCGAGGGGAAGGCUGCAGCACCACCUAUGUUCAAAGUAAUGUGUUACCCCGGACAGUUCAGAAGAGAGAGGCAAAAGAGGACAUCCUGGCUGAUGUCAGAAAAGAAUUUAUCUUUACUUCAGGUGAUCGGGAAGCAAGGUGUGCAGCUCUUUCAACUCAGAUAACCUCUGACUGUGAUGGAAGAGGCAACGAUCACUGGGAUUAUCUCCUCAGUUGGGAACCCAAGUUCCAGCCUCUUGCCUCAGUAUUUAAUGAUAUUGCAAAACUAAAGGAUGAAUAUUUACAUAUGCCUGGCAUUCCAAAAGAGAAGAAAUCUUUUGUUUUUCCACCCCCUUUGAUAACAGCAGUAGCCCAGCCUGGGAUUAAAGCAGUUCCACCGAGAAAGCCAGCCAUACUGCCAGGGCAGGUCCUUCAAAAACACCCACGCUCCCCCAUCCCCUACCAUCUUGGCUCUCUCCCAGAAGCUAUGACUCCAAGUUUUUCUCCCUCUCUUUCCCUGCUGACCAUGCAGACUCCGGCCAUGUCUCCCCUGGCAUCAGAUGGAGAAUUAGUAGGAAUACACAUAAAUGGUACGUGCCAUGAACUUAAAGCAGAAGAUGAAGUUCAAAUAUAAAACCAUUGAGAUGCCAACCAGUGUUCACCACUGGUCAUGAAUGACUGAACAAAACAUUCUCAAGCAAGCUCCUCCAGAUUGGGUUCAUUCUUAUCUAAAAGCAAGUGACUUAGUCAGUGAUUUUAAAACCUGCCCAUUAACAUUUCUCAAAUUUC